GCUGCUUCCUUGCUGGCUUCGGCCUAUGGUUCUUAAUGGGCCCCUUUGCCCUUCGUUUGGGGGCUGUUCCAUGCAGGCAACUGCUUUAUUCCUGAACUUUUUGGAUUACUGCUAGACGUGAGUCAAAGAUUUUAGGCAACUUGCCAAGUUGUGUCAGCCGGGAGAGGCAGACUUUGGAAUCCUAUUUACAGAGGACAAGGGCAGCCCUCAGGCGCUCUGAAAAAGCCUGAAGUGUCUGCCUGCUUCCAUCAUGGCCCCCUACGGACUCCCCCUUCCACCAGAGGCAGCCUGUAUGCAUGAGUCUCAGUUGACAUCUUGUUGGAGAGAGAAGCUGUCCAUUCUGAGCUUGUGAUGAGGGACUUCCUCCAACUCAUGAGAAGCUGGUGCAAGACAGAGAUCCCCAACUACGAUCUCAGCACUGCUCCUCACGUGCUUUCAGCAAGACCCUGUCUCACACCAGCAGCCAGCCUGCUACCUGCAGGAGGACUGUCCUUGGAGAGCCCUGGUAGGGUGUGAAACCUGAGGAAAUCCGCCAGUACGGGGCCGCCUUCCCCUUGAUUUUAAUGGGGAUUAAAAGAGCCCUAAGGACAGACCAGCCUCUGCACUGUUUGUCUCCUGAAGAAGCAGAACUCCCUCACUUGAGGACAGCCUCAGCGAGGGAGGAAGUGGUGUCAGAUCCGAAGCAGCCAACUCUAACUGGCUUCAAAACAUUGUCGGAUUUUCAUCUCACUUCCUCCCAGGCAGUCUGGAAAGCACAAAGCAGCGCGCAAUCCUCUUUCUGCAUGGCAAACCUGCGGCAUGGCAAACCUGCGGUAAAACCUGCUGUCUGGAGAGCCUCCCGAUGCUGCCAGGGAUUGAACCUGGGGCUUCCUGCGUGCAAAGCAGAUGCUCGCUCUGCCAGUGAGCUCCCGCCCCAUCCACGGACACAGAAAGCUGCCUUCUACCGGACUGGCGGCGGCUUUCCACCGGCGGGCGGGCGGGCGGGCUGGCCGGCCGGCGGUUGUCAGGCACGCGUCUCUCCUGGGACCUUCUGCGUGCAGAGCAGGGACUCCUUCCCAACGCGGAAGGCACGACAGCGCUCCGCUCACGUGCAGUCAUCCGACGUCCAGGAUGCCAACCAGGACGGACACUGAGCAGCAAUUUGGAGACAAUUCCUGCCCGCCGCCGCCACUCCAGCCCAAAAGUGGCCGCUGUCAGGGGAGCCUAGCGCCCGCCACCCCCACCUGAGCUUCCUCCUAGCCCCCAGCAUCGCCCCCUUCGGUUAGGCGCCGCCAGGCCAGGCCAGGCGCAGCCCGGAGGGCAGGGUCCCCAACCGGCAGCGCAGCGCUCCUCCGGCCUUUCAUAGGCGUCAAGUGUGCCUGCGCAUUGCAGCGUUUCCCGCCCGGGAUGGAGGAGGCAGCGGGGCACGGGCACUGCCGGGCAGCAGCCAGCCAACCAGCUUCUUUCGGGGCGCAGUAGCGAGGUGAGCCCCUUCUUCUUCCGGCUGCUUCUGCGGUUCUCGCCGGUGGGCGGGCGGACAGGCUGGAGCCGAGGAGCCGGAGCCCGGCUCGGCAGCCUGUGCCAGUCCAGAGACCGCGCUCGCCUGGCCGCGGCGGCGCUUCUGCUGCCAUGAUGCUCCAGAGAGAGCGAGCCGCUCGAUGCUCUUCCGGUGCCCCCGCUCCCUCCCUCCCUCCCUAGGGCGGCCACGGGGGAGGGGGGCAGUGGGACACGCGCCCACCCGAAAUUGGCUUCCCCCCCGCCCGCCUCCAUGCCCGCUUCCGCACCCGCCCAGCCAGAAAGGCACCUCGCCCCUUCUGUGCCCCCCCGCCCAGCUCCCUGGCUCCUCCCCCAGCCUCCUCAGCAUCUGCCAAGGCAACGAAGCCGCCCCAGUGCUGCCGGAGCUGGGCAGCCAGGCGCUGCAGUUGCCUAGGGCAGCCGCGGGACUCGCCACUACCUGCCAGGCAGAAGGGCGGGGGUAGGCGCCGGGGUGCUGGUGCUGCUGCUGGGGCCAGCCACGGACGUGGCUUCUGACUGCAGGACUAGCGUGCGGGUGGCGGAGGAAAGGAGCCCCUGAGAGGGUAUCGCUUCCGGCUGCCUCCUGACACACCUGCCCACCCUGUCAGAUGGAUCUACCCCCCUGCCACAAACGAUGCCCACGCCGCCGGCUCUUGUGGUGGCUCCUGUCCGGCCUUGCAGUCCUCUCCGUGGCAAGUUUCCUGGUCACUGGCGGCCACGAAGAACUGCUCUCCCACUCGCUGCCUUUUUUCCUGGCCAGCAGGGAGCGCUCUGCCAAUGACCCCAUCCUGCCCUCCUCCGAUGCCUUCCUGCUGCUGCCUCCCCCAGACACCUGCACCCCACGGCCCCCAUUCCUGCUUGUUCUCGUGACCAGCGCCCCAAGCCACACACUCCAGCGACAAGCAGUGCGAGAGACGUGGGGAGGGGUGCGGUGGGCCGCGGGGUACCCCGUCCAGACAUUCUUUGCCCUGGGGCUGCCCAGAGAACCCUCUCAGCAGGCCGCACUGCAGCGUGAGGCAGAGCAGCACGGAGACAUUGUACAGGGGCGAUUUACAGACACCUAUGCCAACCUGACUCUCAAGACAUUGGCACUCAUGGGCUGGGCAACCACAUACUGCACUGGGGCCACCUUCAUCAUCAAGGCAGAUGACGACGUGUUCUUAAAUCUGCCUGCACUGGCACAACAUCUAGGGACACUCACCAAUGCCCGGGGCACAUAUCUUGGCCGAAUCCACUGGCGGGUAAGGCCCAACCGUGACCCCCACAGCCGCCACUAUGUGCCAGCCUCCCUCUACCUGCCCACCAUCUUUCCGCCCUACUGCAGCGGCACAGCCUACAUCCUCUCGGGAGACACCGCAGCUGCCCUCCUGGGAGUGGCCCACCAUGUCCCCCUCGUGCCCGUGGAGGAUGCCUUUGUGGGCCUCUGUGCUCACCAGGCUGGCAUCACCCCCCAGCACGAAGCCCACAUGGCAGGCUCUGCCCACUUCCCUCCUGACCCCUGCUGCUACAGGGAGGUACUGUACAGCGUCCAUGGAGUCAUACCCUCCAAGAUGCUGGACAUGUGGCACAGCACUGGGCUGUGCGGUACUUGGCAACGAACUCUAGGGCUGCUCAGGUGCAAAACACUGGCUUGGCUGGCAGCAUUGUGAGGGGCUGUAGCCUUCCGAGAUCCCUAGGUGGGGCAGGAGACCAAAAGGCUAGCCCUGGAGAAGAGCACUCAAGCAGCCCGUCUCUGAUUGUCCUAUUGGCCCUGCCCGUCUCUUUGGUCAACGGAGGCUGCAGCUUCUGAGAGGGAAGACGUCAGCUUAUUUAUCUAUCACUUGUCUCCUUGGGUUUUUCUUGGGCAGGCCCCCUCCCCUGCUUCACCAGCCUGUAGAUGGUCAGCAUUCUGCAUCUGGAACCAUCUGGCUGUCCUUUUUAAAGCAAUGCACUCCCUGUGCUGACCCAUCUCAGGCUUCAGGACCAAGGUUGAAACUGUGGCAUGUGGUCCCUGCUAGUGGAGAAAAGGCAGGCUGGGCCAGGCCUUGGGGCGGCCACAGGAGAAAGGGGUGCCCACUCCCUGGAGGCCAGAAACAAAAUAAAGGAUGACAAAGGGCA